AUGUUCUCAAACGUGCUCGCCGCGUUCAGACCAACACCCGAGUCUGAGGGGACUCCGCAACGACCCCCGCGCUAUGUCGGUGAAGAUACUACCCCGACCAGCCACCGGGAGAUCCUCGGCUGGUACUCCUACGGUAUCGCGGCCGAGGUGUUCGCUGUCUGCGGUGUAGGAUCCUUUCUGCCCUUGACCCUCGAACAGCUUGCGCGAGAGCACGGUACUAUUCCAAAUAGCAAUCAGCCUUGCUGGGGCCCCGGGGCCCCAGAGAAACAAAAUGGUGGUGACCAAUGUGUGGUCGGGUUCUUGGGGCUGCAGAUCAAUACUGCCAGCUUUGCCAUGUAUACCUUCUCGCUGGCGGUACUUAUCCAGGCGUUGACAUUGAUCUCGUUCAGCGCCCUGGCCGACUAUGGGAACAACCGCAAAACGCUGCUCCUGUCUUUCGGUCUCAUCGGCUCGGUCGCCAGCAUGCUAUUCGUAUUCGUUGCACCUCCAGUCUUCAUCCUCGGCUCUGUUCUCGCCAUAAUCGGUGUUACCUGUCUUGGAUCCUCUUUCGUCGUACUUAACUCAUUCUUGCCUGUCCUUGUCGCGAACGAUCCAUCUAUUCAAGGCUCCAAACGUGGCGGCGGGGAGGAGCUGUCCAACCUGAAUCGAAACGAGGACACCUCCGAUUGGAAUGCAUGGGACGAUGACGAUAGCAUGGACGGGAUUCAGAAUGCGGACCACGAAACCGGAUCUCCUGAGGAUGGGCUGAAGAGCAAAGAAUCUCCAGAUUCAGCACCGGAGCUUCAGCGUUCUACCCAAAUUUCCUCAAAGGGGGUUGGUCUAGGUUACUGCGCGGCUGUUUUUGUUCAGAUCCUGAGCAUUCUGCUCCUCGUCUUGCUCAAAAAAACGUCGCUUUCGAAGAUUUCUGACACCCUUCCGACCCGCUUCGUGCUCCUGUUGGUCGGAAUCUGGUGGGGGGCUUUCACCUUCGUCUCGCGGCGCUGGUUGCGCUCUCGACCUGGCCCUCCCCUCGAUAACUCCAAGACUCCCGGCCUUCCAAAGUGGCGAGCGUGGCUGCGACUCGUGGGAUUUGCCUGGAAGUCGCUCUGGCAGACAGUGAAGGUGGCGGUGCAGCUCCGUGAAGUGCUGAUUUUCCUAGUCGCCUGGUUCCUCUUGUCGGAUGCCAUGGCUACUGUUUCCGGCACGGCCAUCUUGUUCGCUCGCACUGAGUUGAAACUUAGCACCAUCGCAGUCGGGGCUUUGAGUAUCACUGCGACUCUUAGUGGAAUGGCUGGCGCAUUUCUAUGGCCCCAUGUGUCUCGACGGUUCAAUCUGCAGCCAAACCAUACGAUCAUUGUCUGCAUUAUCCUGUUCGAGAUCAUCCCCCUUUACGGUAUGCUUGCCUACGUCCCGUUCAUUAAAAAAUGGGGUGUCUUGGGAUUGCAAAAGCCUUGGGAGAUUUUCCCUCUUGCUAUUGUCCAUGGUGUCGUUUCGGGCGGACUUUCAUCUUAUUGCCGCUCGUUCUUUGGCCUGUUGAUUCCACCUGGAAGCGAAGCCGCCUUCUACGCGCUGUACGCUGCUACAGAUAAGGGAAGUUCAUUCAUUGGCCCCGCUAUCGUAGGUGGUCUGAUUGACGCGACAGGCCAGGUGCGGUCGGGAUUCUUCUUCAUUGCGGUGCUGAUCGUGCUCCCGAUUCCUCUCGUGUGGAUUGUUAAUGCCGAAAAGGGUCGUCGUGAGGGGCUAGCCAUGGCCGAAAAACUAGACAUGUCACACAAGGGUGCGACUGACGAUGCCCAUGAGGCUGAAGGUCUUCUCGCCCAUGAAGCUUAG